UAACUCUCGCGAGAUUACGAAACCGCAAGGAAGGCAGAGAAAAUGGAAGGCUGUGCGAGCUAGCUUGCUAGCUGAACGAAUCCAAUAAUAACUGGAAAGUAAUCAUUUGUAUCCAAGCUACCUAUGGAUGUCAGUAUGGACCCAAUGGAAAAUAACAGUGAUGCUAAUAAUUCAGAGGACCAGCAGAGCCAGUCAGAAGGGGCAGAGACGAGUGUUAGACCGACCAUGUCUCAGGUUAAAAAGUCUUGGGGGUUUAGGCGGACAACCAUCGCUAAAAGGGAGUUCUUGGAUGAAAUCGGAGACCUAACCCACAGUCCUCCAAUCGUACGCAGAGGCAGAGGCCGCCGAACCAACCAGACACCCCUGGCCACUCCAGAAACCCACACAACCCAGAGAGCUUCUGGUGCAACGAGGAGUGUUCUAGAUGACCUCGAGUGGUCUGCCCCAUCCUCGCCUGUAUCAGAGGAGAGCAAGCCAGCCUCAGAAGCUUCUGCAGGAGGGAGCCUUGACCCCAGCUUAUGGCAAGAUUUUGGGUCUGCCUUCCACACUGCCUUCUCACUGCUCGGCGGGAAUGAAGGCUUGCCAAUGGAAAUGUCAGAUGCGCUGACAGUCCCUGACAUUUUGGAAGCCACUGAUGCCAUCGUGACCCCUCUACAGGUUAUAGAAGAAACUGAGGGGCCUGAUAAUAUUGAAUCUGCUGAUGACAUGGAGCUCUCACAGCCUGUUGCUUCUGACAACGUGGCAGGAGGGGAAACUGAUGAUGUGGUGUUGAUUUCUAGUCAAGAGGACAGCGAUGACAUGACUCUGAUACAGAUUAAGGAGCAGCUGACAUCUAAAGGCAGGCAGGGUGACACAAGACCUAGAGGGAGAGGUGGAAGAGGAAAGGCCAGAGGAAGGGGUAGAGGCAGAGGAAGAGGUAGGGGAAGAGGUAGAGGAAGGGGCAGAGGGAGGGGCAGGGCAGCGGCGCUUCAGUCAAGCAUGGUAGAUGAUGAGGACAACGAUGAUGAUGAUGAGGUGGUGCUUGGAUCCAUCCAGCCAUCUGAGCACCAGCUGCAGCAGUUGCAAGAAGAGGAAAAAGAAAAUGAUCCACACAGCCUUUCUGAAAUAGAGAUCUCAUCUGCUAUCUCUGACAUCACGCAAUCAAGCUCAGACUGCAUAAUCAUAGACACUGAUUUAGACCAGAUUACUGAUGUGACUCCUGGCCAGUAUGAUGAUGCACCAGAGGAGGAGGAGGAGGAGGAGAAAAAAGACUACAAGAAUGUAGGAGAGUUUUCAGGCAUAUCUGACACAGAGGGCUCUGACUCAAAUGCUCUAUACUGCAUCUGUCGACAGAAACAAGAUAAAAGGUUCAUGAUCUGCUGUGACAGUUGCCAGGAUUGGUUCCAUGGCGACUGUGUUGGUAUCAGUGAGACACAGGGCCGUACAAUGGAGAAGAAAGGGCAAGAGUACAUCUGCCCCUCUUGCACUACAAAGAAGCAGAGCCAACUCAAACCUGAGCAUCACUCUCAACCAGAGCCUGAACUUAGCUUUCCUGAAUGCUUGACACUAAGUCCUCGCGGUGAAGAACGGGUGGGGCAUGAGGAGCUGCAAGACCUCAAGGAGUCUGUAUUGGUGGUGAAGGAGAAGCAGGAGGUUCCUGUGACGAAGCCAGAGCCCGAGCCCGAAGCUGAAAUGGAGACAGACAGCUCUUUUCCUCUGUGCAUUGGACCUGAGUGCUUCAAACAAGCCCUACCAGACUCUGUUUACUGUGGCACUGACUGCAUCCUUCAGCAUGCUGCCGUCACUAUGAAGACUCUUUCUGGCCCGAAGGUGCCCAAGUCCAGUGGGCGGCCGCAGAGAAAAGCUGCCAUUGCCAGACCCACCGCAAAGGGUCAGAGGUCGGGUAGGAUGUCUAAGAGAUUAGCAGGAAAAGCUGAGGAGGAGGUGAAAGAAGAUGAUGGAGGUCAGGAGGAGGCUGCAACUCCCUUAGCCUGCGACCCCAGUCUCUCAGAAGUUCAGGCCACUUCCAUACCAUCAUCUAAGCUUUACACAGCGUCUAUAAAGGAUUGUAAACAGGCUGACAAUGAGGCUGUAACUCCUUCAAAACAACCUCCUGAGGACACCACGACAGAUGUGGCUCCCUCCUCCCAGCCUGCCUCUGAGCCAGCCCCACCACAGAGCUACUCUCCAGAAAAGGCAAAGGAGCCAGUCAACAGUGGUGUGCCUAAGCAGCAAUCUGCAGAAUCAGAUCCCUCUAUACCACCCAACCAAGCAGAAAUUAGUCUGUCUCCAGCUGCACCAUCCCCAUCCACCUCAGCUCCCAGACACCAUGAAACAGGGGCUCUUAUGGUCACUAAGACCACAUACGUCAUACCAAAGAAGCAGCCUGGACCCCAGCCUCCGUCCAGCCACGUGUCAGCUUCAGCAUCAGGUCAGAAGUCUUCUUCAGCCCCAACGCUGCUGAAUGAAACCAGAAAUCUGCUGGUGCCACCUGCACCCAGUGCUCCCUCCUCCAGACCCUCUCAGCCCAAUAACCAGGUCAGACAGAGCAUCCAGCGCUCCCUCAGCAGCAUCCUGUUUAAAAGGGUGUGUGAUUGUGAGGAUUUGGAGAUGUCCGAGAGUGAAGUUGCAAAGGUUGUCGCAAGCAUUGAGAUGGAGAUGUUUGACAUUUUUCGCAACACAGACAGCAAAUACAUGAACAAGUACAGAACUAUAAUGUUCAACCUGAAAGACCCAAGGAACAAGGGCUUGUUGUGUCGGGUUGUACGUGGAGAGAUCAGUGCCUUCAGACUGGCCAGGAUGAGCCAGAAGGAUAUGCAGGCUACCAAAGCUUCAGAGCCAAGUGUAAAAGAAACAACAGAGGUUAAGGAUGCAGCUGCUAAAGCGAUAAGUUUGUUGCAGAAGCCUGAAGCAGUGAAGGUUGAUUUGCCCAGUUUGAAUCCCGCAAGACCUGAUAGAAAUAUGGUUGCUUCCCAGGAACAAAAAAGCUUUCCUGCUCCUGCUCUCAAGACCAGAAUAAGCCAGGGCAGGGCUGUACCAGAUAUUCUCGCAUGUAUGCUGAAGGACACAACAUCUGAGCACAAGGCUCACCUCUUUGACCUGAAAUGCAAGAUAUGCACAGGCCAAAUACUACUUGGGGAAGAGGAGGAACCCGCAAAGAAAAAACCCAAGGUUUCUGAAACAAGAGAUAAACAGGAACCCUCUUGGAGAAAGUCUGCAGGAGAUGACUCCCCUCUGCGGGCGCCACCUGAUUCACCUGACAUGGAUUCUCCAACAUCAUCCCUAACGGAUCCUUCAUCCCGCCUUAUCAUUGACGCUCCAGAAUUGACUAUAGUCGAAUCCCCUGCUUCCCCUAUAAUGGACUCUCCAGCCUCCCCUACUUUAGAGUCUCCAGCUUCCCCUGUCAUGGAGUCCCCUGCAUCCCCAACACCAGACACUCCUAAAACUACUACACGAAAGAGAGCAUACACACCAGUUGUGAUCCCUGCUGUAUCCACAGUCACCAUCACAAGGCGUGACCCCCGCACUGCAGCAAGCAGGUUAUCUGCUUUGUCUAGUGUCACCUCUGGCCCCAGUAACACAACCCAAAACCCAUCAGUCCCUUAUGCUCCUCUUAAAGAGAGUAUCUCUGCAUUGCCCUCAGCACCUGCCUCCUCACGACCACCAACGAAACCUAAAUCUAUCUUAAUGAAGCCAUCUUCCUCUGUGGAUCCCAGACUCUAUGGCACAUCCUCGAGGACCGUGAUCUCUGAAUCCCCAGCUGAUGGCGAGACUUCUCAGUUCUUGGCUAAGCAAGAUAUAGUGUGGAAAGGCUUCCUAAACAUGCUCACUGUAGCCAAGUUUGUCACCAAGGGAUAUCUGGUUUCAGGAUCUGCUGAAAAUCUCAAAGCGGAUCUACCUGAUACUAUACAAAUCGGAGGACGAAUCCUGCCUCAAACAGUGUGGGACUAUGUUGCAAAACUAAAGAGCUCUGUUACAAAGGAGUUAUGUGUGAUCCGGUUUCACCCUGCAACAGAGGAGGAAGAGGUGGCCUAUGUCUCCCUGUUUUCCUAUUUCAGCAGCAGAGGUCGUUUUGGUGUGGUCGCCAAUGGCAGCCGUUCCAUCAAGGAUGUGUACCUUGUCCCACUCAGUGCAAAGGAAUCAAUCCCAUCCAUACUACAACCUCUCAAUGGACCAGGGCUUGAAAGAAACAGGCCUAAUCUUCUUUUGGGUCUGGCAGUCAUCCAGAAGGCAAAACGUCCCGGAUGUUUGCCUCAGGAAAUUGAAGAGAAGAGACCCAAAGUUCAUAUGUCCAAAGACCCUAUGUGGAUCCCAAAACCCCCAGUCCUCUAUGGUUCUGACAAAUUGGAGAUAUUCCAACCCUACGAUCCAGAGACUCCUGCUAGCACCACCCCUCCUGGCUCACCACCUUGCCCUGGCUCACCUUCAGACUCUUCCUCUUCUGGAUCAGUUACCAUACCAUCUCCUUUUACUUCCUUUAGAACAAACCCUCCUGUUCCUACCUCAGCCACUCAGUCAACCUCUAAUAGCAUCUCCGACAAGAAUCCCACAACAGCAUCCAGUGAUAAGACACCGCUGCAGACCAUCUUGAAUAGUUUGUUCGGCAAUAAACAAACUGACUCUGUGGUCUCUUCUGACGGAAGUUCUACAACAACAACAACAACAACAACAACAGUUAGUGUUAAGAAAGUCCCAAUGUUUUCUCAGACCAGAUCAAUGGUGGAUCCAAUUGUCGAACAGUAUGGACAGAAAUCCAAAGUAAAAAAAAUAGAAGAAGAAGAAAAUGAUUUUGACCGACCGUAUGACCCAGAAGAGGAGUAUGAUCCAGCAAUGGCAUAUGGAAUGGUUGCUCCUCAGAGCAUAGAAAAAAUUAAGGCAGAUGGCCCUGCAGUAUCAGGCUUUGUAGAUGAUGGUGUGGCCUAUGAUCCAGAGGACGAGACCAUCUUUGCAGAUAUUCAAAGUGAUAUUGUUGUGACAAAGCCCCCGGUUCCAACUCAAACGUCAAGUUCUCCAUCAUGCCCAGCCCCAAUUUCUAUCCAGAUUGUAACGCCAGCUCCUACCUCCACUCCAGCGCUAACCUCUACUCCAGCAGGAGUAAGGCAGAACAUUCCUACGGGCACUGUGGUUGUCUCAGCUGCAACACUAACUGAACAACAGCGGAUGCUCGAGGAGCUCAAUAAGCAGAUUGAAGAGCAAAAACGACAGUUGAAGGAGCAGGAAGAGGCACUACGUCAACAGAGAGAGGCUGUGGGCAUGUUCAUGGCUCACUUUUCUGUUUCUGAUUCCCUGAUGUCUCCCCCACAAAAAUCUUUGCCAGUCAGUCAACUGUCAGAAUCAACAGACAAGACCAGCAACCUUACAGAGACUGUGGACAGUUCAAAUGUAGAAUCACAAACUGUUAAGCUAGAAGACACAACUGCCAUCCCUAAUUUAGAAAAUGAUGCAGAUAAUGUUACAGAGCAAGAUGAAACACAGGAAAAUGUUAAGGAAUCCUCUGCCGGAGAGAUUGAAGAUUCUGAUGUAGCUUAUGAUCCUGAGGACGAAUCUCUUUUUAAUGAAAUUCAAGAUGAUGUAUUUCAAGGAGGCAGUAUAAAGACUCGUGAUUCAUCUUUGUCUAGAACAGGGCAUAGUGCCAGCCGGAAGGGCACUGUGAAUGCAUACCACAGCAGAAAGCGAAGACUAUCACCAAAGAAGCGGAGUCAUCGUGAAAGGGACCACCAUAGAAGCCCUUCAAGAAGAUCACAGCGGCGUUCUCCUUCACAUUCCCGGAGACGUAGAGAAAGGGAUAGACACAGAAGAAGUGAAAGGGACAGGUCAAGGCAUAGAGCUAGAGACCAGUCUGAACGGCAAGGUCACCACAGUAAAGAGCGUUCUACACACCGACAUUCUCAUGGACGUAGAAGAUCCCCAUCAUCUCUUGGAAAAAAAGAUUCUGGGUCCCUUUCACCAAAACAGCAUAGAGAACCUUCCCCUCAAGUCCUUGAGAAAUCAAAGCCUUCAAGUGUUCUGUGUAAUGCUCCAGACUCUGUUGUUGGACAAUUUGUAGAGAGUAACACAUCAUUAUUUACCUCAGUUACUUUUAAAAAUAACCCUGAUGGGAAUCAGCUAAAAAGUAAUCUUGAUGAGAGCAUUGAUAAAGGCUUUUCUCCACGUUCACAUGGACUUCUUCACAAUGUGAAGCUUGAGACUUCAGAGCCACCAAAAUCCCAGGAGCUUAAAACAACGUCAGUCAGCGACCAUGACGACACAUGUAGUGGUUCUUCUACACAGGUUGAUAAACCCUCUCAACGGGAAACUCUGUUUUCAGACAAGUUUGAAAGUACUGUUCCUCUAAGAGUAAUUGAUCCUCCCAUUCGAGAUUCUCCUCAGAGCCCUGAUCCAGAGCCACAGUUUGUGAAUCCUAGCAGCACAGCACUUGACUCUGUUAAGAUUGAGGAAAUCAGACUUCCCGAGAUGCAUACUAGUGUCUCAAUGCCACAUGUUAAAGUUGAAAAUAAUUGUCUGCCUAUUUGUGGUCAAGCAACAAUGUCCAAUAUACUGUGGCCAACUGUUGGAGGUCCAAUAUCAAAUGUUAGAAAUAUGGAUUUUAGAACCCUAAAUCUACAGAGCUCAGGUGUCAGUGAUACAGGUAUGAUAGAGGAAGACAAACGGAUAGAAGGGGGAAGUCCAGGCUUAAAGCAUCAAAAAAUACUGGGUCAUGGGGGAGGACAUUCAGAUCCAGCUACAGACCCAGAUAUUCAGGGCUCAGGACCUAAAAUAGAUCCUGUGACAAAGCGUCCAGGACCUGGUAUAAGUGAUCCAGGUAUUAGGAAUGCAGGAUCACAUAUGAAAGAACUUGUACAUAGGGGGCCACAGAUAGAUCUUAGAGAAACAGGAAUUAGAUUUCCAGGGCCUGAUAUGAGAGGUCCAGGCAUGAAAGGCAUAAGUCCCAGUAUUUGUCCUGGAUCAGACACACUAGACCUAGCUAUAAGUGGUCAAGGGAAACAUGUGAGGGACCCAGGGACAGGGAUGCAGGGUUCAGAGGCAAAUGUGAGAGAACCAGUAAUUCAACAACACAAUAGUGAUAGAAUUGGUUCAUUGCCAGUCAUAAGAGGUUCUGGGAUGAGGAGUCCAGUGCAAAAUAUGCAGAGUUCUACUAUGCAAUGUGUAAACCAAGAAGUAAAAGGUCCAGGCCCUGAUAUGAGACACAGCGAACUAGAAGUGAGAGGAAAAAUGCUUGUAACAGCUGUUGCAAAUUCACAUAUGGGAGGAUCAGACCUACAGAAUCAGAGGGGAGAUCCAAUCAUGAAGGGCCCUCCGUCAUAUAGACCUGGGCCUGACAUAAGGGGCUCAAGGGGUCCUUUAUCAGCUAUGUAUCAUCCAAGUCCAGAAAACGCAGAUGUCAGGCCAGGUGUGAUGGAAAUAAGGAGAGAUCAAUCUUUCGGGGGUCCACAGAUCGAAGGUAGGGCUCCAGAUAUUAUAGGAAGAGGCCAAAAAGAUAGAAGUGAAAGUCCACAUACUGGGGGUAUGAGAUCUGCUAUGAGGGGUGGAGGUGUAAGAGAUCCAAGUCCAGGUCCAUCUUUUAGGGGCUCAGGGAGAGUUCAAAUGCAAUCAAAGCAUGAUGGCAGUCCAGUUUCCAGUAGUGGGCAUAGAGAACAUUUUAAUGAGCCACUGCCCAAUAUAAGGACUGAAAGGAUGGUCCAUGGCCCUGACAUGACAGAAGCAGAAACAAUGCAUAAUUUAAGAAAUCCAGAUUUGACAGAAAGUUAUAUGGAGCCUGGUCAAGAUAUGGAUAGUAUGGGUGGCUCAGAUACAAGGGGUGAUGGCAUGCUAAACAUUACAAAUCCAGAUUGGAGAGGUCCAGGACCAGGUUUUGUUGGUCCUGAUAUGAGGGGUCAGAGGAGUCAAAAUAAAGGCCUGGGCCCACAUUUGAGGGGUCCAGAUUGGAGAGGCCUAGGAUCAGAAAUAAGAGAUGUUUGGAGAGGGUCAGAUAUGAAAGGAUCAGGUCCAGUCAGAGGAGGGCCAUUUAUACAAGAUGAAUGGAGAGUCCAUCAGCCUGAUAAGAGUGAUCUAAACAUAGAGAGCCAGGGGCAUGACACAAGAGGUGAACCAAUGUCUGAAAUGAGAGGUCCAAACAUGGAAGACCUUAGGCAUGACAGGAGAAGACCAGGAGGUCCGGAUUUCAUGACACCAGGACCUGUAAUGAGGGGACCUGAUAUGGAGGUCCCAAUGCAUGACAGGAGAGGACCAAGAGGUCCAGAUUUAAUGAGACCAGAGCCUGAAUGGAGCAGUCCAACUAUGGGCAAUCUAGGACCUGGCAUGCAAGGACCAGGGGUUCCAGAUUUUGUGGGACCAGGACAAAGGCGAGGUCUAGCUCUGGAGGGCCCGGGGCCUAACAGUAGAGGACCUGGGGAUCCACAUUUCAGAGGACCAGGACCUGAGAGGAAAGGCCCAGCUAUGGAGGGUCAAGGACCGGCAGGUCCAGAUUUCAAGGUGCCAUGGCCUGAAAGGAGAGGACCUGGAGGUCCAGAUUUCAGGGGACCAGGGCCUGAAUGGAGAGUUCCAGCUAUGGAAGGCCCUGCAACUGACAUGCAAGGACUUGGAGGUCCAGAUUUCAGUGAACCAGAGCCUGAAAGGAGAGGUUUAUCCAUGGAGGGUCCUGGGCAUGUCAGAAGAGGACCUGGAGGUCCGGAUUUCAGGGGACUAGGACCUGAAAGGAGAGGUCCAGGUAUGGAGGGUCCUGGGCCUGACAGGAGAGGACCUGGAGGUCCACAUUUCAGUGAACCAGCGUCUAAAAGGAGAAGUUUAUCUAUGGAGAGUCCUGGGCCUGCUAGAAGAGGACCUGGAGAUCCAGGUUUCAGUGAACCAGGGCCUGAAAAUAGAGGUUUAUCCAUGGAAGGUCCUGGGCCUUCCAGAAGAGGACCAGGAGGUCCAGAUUUCAGAGGACGAGGACCUGAAAGGAGAGGUCCAGUUAUGGAGGGUCCAGGGCCUGUCAGGAGAGGACCUGGAGGUCUAGAUUUCAGGGGACCAGGACCUGAAAGCAGAGACUUAUCUAUGGAGGGUCUUGGGCAUGACAGUAGAGGACCUGGAGGUCCAGAUUUCAGAGGACCAGGGCCUGAAAGGAGAGGUCCAGUAAUGGAGGGUCCUGGGCCUGACAGGAGAAGAACCGGAGUUCCAGAUUUCAGAGGACCAGGGCCUGAAAGGAGAGAUCCAGUUAUUGAGGGUCCUGGGCCUGACAGGAGAAAACCUGGAGGUCCAGAUUUCAGGGGACCAGGGCCUGAAAGCAGAGGCUUAUCUAUGCAGGGACCUGGGCCUGACAGGAGAGGACCUGGAGGUCCAGAUUUCAGAGGACUAGGGCCUGAUAGGAGAGGUCCAGCUAUGGAGGGUCCUGGUCCUGACAGGAAAGGACCUGGAGGUCUAGAUUUUAGAGGACCAGGGCCUGAAGGGAGAAGCUUAUCUUUGAAGCGUCAUGGACCUGACAGUAGACGAUCUAGAAGUCCAGAUUUCAGAGGAGCAGGACCUGAAAGAAGAGGUCCAGCUAUGGAAGCUCCAGGACCUGACAGAAGAGGGCCAGGAGGUCCAGAUUUCAGUGGACCAGGACCUCAUAGGAGAGGUUCUUCUAUGGGUGGUUCAGGGCCUGACAGGAGAGAAAUCGAAGUUCUAGAUUUCCAGGGACCAAGGUCUGAAAGGGGAGGUCGCACUCUGAACAGUCAAGAGCCUGACAAUAGAGCACCAGAUGGUCCAGACUUUAGAGGGCCUGGGUGUGAAAGGAGAGGUCCCCAUAUCAAGGGUCAAGUGCCUGACAGGAGAGGUCCAGGAGAUCAAAACACUUAUUUAAUGGGUCCUGGGCCUGACUUCACAGGACUGGGGCCUGAAAGAACUGGUUCAGGUAUAGAAGGUCCAGGGCCUCACAGUAGAGAACAGGGAAGACCACACUUCAGGGGUCCUGGGCCAAAAAGUGGACAAACAAAUAUUGAGGGCCCAGGGCCUGACACGGGAGGUCGAGACAUCAGGGGACCAAGGCCAGAAAGACCAGGUUCCAGUAUGCAGGGUCCAGGGCCCAACAGGAGAGUGCCUGGAGGUCCAGACAUUAGGAGACCAGGGCUUCACCAUUCAGGUCCAAACAGAGAGGGCCCAGGGCCUGACAGGAGAACUCCAGAGAUGGAGGGAACAGGAAACAGCAGGAGCUUUCCAGGAGGCCCACUGUUCAGGGGUCCUGAGACAGAAAGAAGACCUCCAGAUAGGGAGGGCCCAGAGUCUGAUAGGAGAGGUCCACAUUUUAGAGAAGUGAGGCCUGAAAUAACUGUUAUGGAGGGCCCAGGGCCAGAUAGGAAACAUCCAAGAGGUCCAGAUUUUAGAGGACCAGGUUGUCUAAGCAGAGGUCCAGACAUUGAGGGUCCAUGGCCUGGCAGACAAGAACCAGGAAGUUCAGACUUUAGGGAGCCUGGGCCUGAGAGGAGAGGUCCAGAUAUGGAGGGCCCAGAACCAGAUUGGAGAAGAUCAGGUGGUCCAGACUUUAGAGGCCCAGGCAGCAGGCAGAAAGCUCCAAAUACAGAAGGUCUAAGACAUAGAAGAGAUGACUGGGAAGGGGCUGACUUUGGAGGAUCAGAACCUAUCCAAGAGAGCCCAGUUAUAGAGGGCCAAGGCCCUGAUAGAACAGGUCGAAACUUGAGGGGUCCAAGGCCUACUAGGGGAAACAUUAGAGGAUCAGGGCCAAACUUCAGGGGCUCUGCACCUGAUAGGAGAGCCACAGACACAGAGGAGCAAUGGUCAGAAGGAAUAGGGCCCAAUAUGGAGGCUCAAGGAAAUGAAAGAGAAUGUUCAGGAGAUGAUUGGAAAAUACAUGGCAACAGGGGUUCAGGCCCCAUCCAAGAAGGUCCAGGUCAGCAGGUUCAAGAACAUAGUAGGCAAGGUCCUCGUAGAGAAUGGAGAGGCCCUGAAAGUAGGGGGCCAAGGCCCAUACAGGAAAGACCAACUAUGCCAUUUCUAGGGCCUUUGAGAGCUCCAGCAGAUGAUUGGAGUGGUCCUGGUGUCAGGGGUCCAGGGCCUGUUCAUGGUGACCCAGAUAUGGUAUGCCCAGGGCCUGGUAGGGGGAGACCUGGAAAUGGAUGGAAUGAGCCUGAUAGAGGGGAUGCUGGGCCAAACAGAAGGGGGCCUGGACCAAUUUUUAGUGGAGAAAGAGAGCCAGACAAUAGAGGUCAGGGUCGUGAUAGAAGAGGUCUAGGCAUGAGAGAACCAGUAUCAGAUAUGAGAGGGGGUCCAGAUAUGGGGAAUGACUGGAGGCAGCCAGACAUCAGGGGUAAUAUGAGAGGGACAAACAUGGAAGGACCUGGGGCUCGUAGUGGAGCUCCAGACUCAAUGAUUUGCCCUAAUGGGAGAGGAUUUGAAAUGGAGGGUCUUGAUAGAAGAGUCCCCAGAGGACCAGAUUUUAGACACCAAGGGCCUGAAAACAGAAAUUCAAACAUUGAAGGUCCAGGGACUGAUGGGAGGUUUUCAAAUUGUGGGGGACUAGGAUCUGAAAGGCAAAGUGUAGACAUGGAAAGCCCUGGAACAGGUAGACAAGGAUUUGAGCAUGAUUUUAGGAGGAGAAGUAGAGGCCCAGACAUAAGAAGGCUAGGGCCUGGUAAAACAGAUAUUAGGGGGCCAGCACCUGAAAGUUCAGAUCUAAGACAUGGGCCUGGGAGGUGGGAUACAAACAUGGAGGGCCCUGGGUCUGAUAGAAGAGGUCCAGAUAUGAUGGGCCGAGGGUUAGACUCAAGGGGAUAUGAGCAUGACAUGGAAGGGUCGGAUAUAAGGGGCCCAGGGUGUGAUGGCAGAGGGCCAAACAUGACAGCAUCACCUCAUUUCAAUAUUACUAAUCAAGUUACCAGAUGCCAAGGCCCUAGUGAUCCAAAUUCUGCACCAUGCAAUGGACCCCUAGGUCCAGCUCAAAACAGUGGAGGAAGCUCAUGCCCCGGUUUUGACAAUCUACAAAAUCAGCAAGCAGUAAAGCUCCAUAGACACAGAGCUGCCUUACUUCCCACUCCAACAGAAGGUCUCAUACGAUUCCCAAAUCGUAUGAUCAACAAUCCUGAUGUCUUCAGCCUGAAACGAAAACAAAUAGGUCACCCACCUGACAGGGAGUGGAGUAGAGGUAGACCAGUGAGUCGAGAAAGAGAGUUGGUCAAAGGGCAAAGACAGGAGCAGGAGAAAAGUCCUGCUGGUAAAAUAAGCACCCCUGUAGAUGCAAGUACAGGGGGUGGAGAAGGAAAAAAGGAAGUGGGCAAUGAAACUGAUAAACAGGGUGCGUGUGUAGAAACUAAAACUAAACAAAUUAUGGGCAGUGAUGAAAAUAAAAGCAAUGCUCAGCCAAGUUAGACAGACUAAAAAUCAUAACGCAUGGACCCCUUAAGACAGUAAGGCUGUCGAACUAGACCUGCGAAAAGGCUUAGUAUAAUCAAAUUGAUCAGAGAUACUACAGCAUAAAACACAUUGAAUGUACUUUUCUCAUAGAAAGUGGUUGUCCUUGUCUUACUGAAAUUUCAACAAGACUUACAGGGAAAGCCAUGCGAAAGAUCAGACAUUGUAGCUUGAUAUGAAAUGGUCAGAGGUAUUUUAGUUUAUUAUGUUCUUGUUUGUGUUGCAUUUAUUUUUGUUAUUUGAUUGACUAAAUCCUCUUAUAUUUAAUCAAUCACUUGUAAAUUCAACUCAAUGUGCAUUUUUAGUUGGAAAUAGUAAAACAUGCUUUGUACAAAAAUUUACAUGUUUUUUUUUGUUUUUUAACAUUGUUAUAGUGUCAGUACAGUAGCCUUGAUCUGGCUUUAAUGUUCUGCUGAUAAAAAAUGGCUUGUUUCGUUGUUCUUUUAGGAUGUAAGAAGUCAAUAAAUGAUUUACCUUUUUUUUAAAUUGUA